GUAGCCCAAAUUCAUUAACUUCUAUUUAAAAAAAAAAAAAAAGAAAAUUUGAGAUCAUAGAAAAACGCGUGUGAGACAUGUUUUUCUCAUCUUCUUCAACCUUCAUUCAUUACUCUCAUUCAAUUCAAUUACUCCUCCUUGUUUCUCUCAAAAUAGUUUCAUAUCCUCCAAUUACCAUAUUGUAUUAAGACUUGUUAUGCUGAAUAAAUUUGUCAGGAACGGGGCUGAUGAUGGAAUAUCGAUUUCUUUGGAGAAUAAUAACGACAUUGAUUGUUGGAAUAAUGUUGUAAUAAGUUUUUCAGUCGAUCAAUACAUCAUCAUCUAUCAUUCCAUUGAUCAUCUUAGGUGCGUAGAAGAAAAUGGCAGGCGCGGCAUCAGCGCUGUACCUGUUAGAUGUAAAGGGAAGAGUGCUAAUAUGGCGCGACUUUCGAGGCGACGUUUCCGUCAUUGAGGCUGAACGCUUCUUCACCAACCUCGUCCUCAAAGAGGAGGAUGUGAUAUCGCAAGGACCAGUGAUACAUGAAAAAGGGGUAACAUACAUGUUUGUGCAGCAUAGCAACCUUUAUUUGAUGGUCUCCUCUCGACAGAACUGCAAUGCUGCUAGUCUUCUUCUUUUCCUUCAUCGUUUGGUUCAGGUCUUUAAGCAUUAUUUCGAGGAAUUGGAAGAGGAAUCACUCAGGGACAACUUUGUUGUUGUGUAUGAGCUUCUGGAUGAAAUGAUGGACUUUGGUUACCCUCAAUACACUGAAGCUAUAAUCCUUAGUGAAUUCAUCAAGACGAAUGCUUUCAAGAUGGAAGUUGUACAACGGCCACCCAUGGCUGUAACAAAUGCAGUUUCUUGGCGCAGUGAAGGGUUAAAAUACAAGAGAAAUGAGGUUUUCUUGGAUGUGAUAGAAAAGGUAAACAUACUUGUUAACAGCAAUGGACAGGUAAUUCGUUCAGAUGUUUUCGGGGCGUUAAAGAUGAGAGCAUACUUGAGUGGUAUGCCUGAAUGUAAACUUGGCUUAAAUGAUAGAGUUCUUUUGGAGGCUCAAGGUCAAACCACGAAGGGAAAGGCCAUUGAUAUGGAAGACAUCAAAUUUCAUCAGUGUGUUCGUUUGGCGCGAUUUGAGAAUGACAGAACAAUUUCCUUCAUACCACCUGAUGGGUCCUUCGACUUGAUGACAUACAGAUUAAGCACCCAGGUGAAACCACUCAUUUGGAUUGAAGCUCAGCUGGAAAGGUAUUCAACAAGUCGUGUUGAGAUCAUGAUUAAAGCAAGGAGUCAGUUUAAGGACCGAAGCUAUGCAAACAAUGUUGAGAUCGAUUUGCCCGUACCACCUGAUGCUACAAAUCCUAAAAUCCGAACAUCCAUGGGUUCUGCAACAUAUAAACCUGAAAACGAUACAAUUCUGUGGAAAAUCAGAUCAUUCCCUGGUAAUAAGGAGUAUCUCUUGAGGGCAGAAUUCAGACUUCCCAGUGUAAGUUCUGAUGAUGGUGUUCCUGAGAGAAAAGUGCCUGUACGUGUCAAGUUCGAGAUACCUUAUUUUACCAUCUCAGGAAUCCAGGUGAGGUAUUUAAAGGUCAUUGAAAAGAGUGGAUACCAGGCUCUUCCAUGGGUGAGAUACAUAACAGCAGCGGGUGAAUAUGAGAUACGGUUGUUCUAAAGAGCAUAGGCCACUCUCAACAUGUGAACAGAUAUGAACCUGUUUAUUACUUCGGAUUAAUCGGUAUAUCGACAAAUUUUAGCAGUUGAUGCCGCUACAACUGACUUCGGAAAAUGUAUUAGUAACUUAUAUACUGCGGGAAGGUUAUGGUUAUGAUUGAUGAAAUUGUAUCUCUUCAUAAAUAGGAUUUUAUUUAACCAGGCACAAAUGUUUUGUUGUGAAUGGACAAGAUAUUUAUGUUGUACUUCAAGAUAUUUAACUUUGAUUUGUUAUGAUUAUAUUAACACAAAGCACUUAA